CUGCUAGAAGAGUACGCAAACAGCGACCCCAAACUGGCACUUACAGGCAUCCCCAUCGUCCAGUGGCCCAAGAGAGAUAAGCUGAAGCUCCAGGCCCGGCUGAGGGUGCGCCUGCCCACCAUCCCCAUCACCAAGCCACACACCAUGAAGCCAACCCCUCGCCCGACACCCGUCAGGUCCACGGUGUCUCCCAUCGUGUCCGGCGCCCGGCGGAGGCGGGUGCGGUGCCGAAAGUGCAAGGCGUGCAUGCAGGGCGAGUGUGGCAUGUGCCACUACUGCAGGGACAUGAAGAAGUUCGGCGGCCCUGGCCGCAUGAAGCAGUCCUGUGUCCUGCGGCAAUGCUUAGCGCCCAGGCUGCCUCACUCGGUCACGUGUGCACUUUGUGGGGAGGUGGAUCAGAAUGAGGACUCGCAGGACUUUGAGAAGAAGCUCAUGGAGUGCUGCAUCUGCAAUGAGAUUGUGCACCCUGGCUGCCUGCAGAUGGAUGGGGAAGGGCUGCUCAACGAUGAGCUCCCCAACUGCUGGGAGUGCCCCAAGUGCUACCAGGGUGACGACGCAGAGAAGGGACAGAAGCGGAAGGUGGAGGAGAGCGACGACGACACGGCGCAAGCCAAGGUGCUGCGGCCCCUGCGGAGCUGCGAGGAGCCCCUGACCCCCCCUCCCAACUCUCCCACCCCAAUGCUGCAGCUGAUCCACGACCCAGCAUCACCUCGGGGCAUGGUGACACGCUCAUCCCCAGGAGCCGGCCCCAGCGACCACCACAGCGAGGAGCGCUUCAAGCGGCGGCAACUGCUGCGGCUCCAGGCCACCGAGAGAACCAUGGUGAGGGAGAAGGAGAACAACCCCAGUGGCAAGAAGGAGCUGUCGGAGGUGGAGAAGGCCAAGCUGCACGGCUCCUACCUCACCGUGACGCUCCAGCGCCCCACCAAAGACGUCCACGGCACUUCUAUCGUCCCCAAGCUGCAGGCCAUCACGGCUUCCUCCACCAACCUGCAGCACUCGCCACGCGUGGUCAUGCGUCACGCACCCACCAGGAUGCCCCUGCGGGGCGGGGGUGAGGAGGAAGCGGCCGGCCGAGGGGGCCGGGCGCAGGAGGGCGACGAGGGCUGCAUGCAGCGCGAGGUGUGGAUGUCAGUCUUCCGCUACCUCACCCGCAGGGAGCUCUGCGAGUGCAUGCGGGUGUGCAAGACCUGGUACAAGUGGUGCUGUGACAAGAGAUUGUGGACAAAGAUCGAUUUGAGCCGGUGCAAGUCCAUCACCCCGCAGGCACUGAGCGGCAUCAUCAAACGACAGCCCGUCAGCCUCGACCUCAGCUGGACCAAUAUCUCCAAAAAGCAGCUCACGUGGCUCGUCAACAGGCUCCCAGGCCUGAAAGACCUCAUCCUAGCGGGCUGUUCCUGGUCUGCGGUCUGUGCUCUCAGUACCUCCAGCUGCCCCCUUCUCAGGACCCUCGAUCUUCGGUGGGCAGUAGGAAUCAAGGACCCUCAGAUCCGGGAUCUACUCACGCCUCCAACAGACAAACCCAGUCAGGACAAUCGCAGCAAGCUCCGGAACAUGAUCGAUUUCCGGCUCGCCGGGCUGGACAUCACGGACGCCACGCUGCGGCUCAUCAUCCGCCACAUGCCCCUGCUCUCCCGCCUCGACCUCAGCCACUGCAACCACCUUACGGACCAGUCGGCCAAUCUCCUCACGGCCAUGGGCUCCUCCACGCGCAACUCUCUCACCGAGCUCAACAUGGCAGGGGGGGGCUGCAAUAAGCUGACGGACCAGGCCUUGCUGUACCUGCGCCGCAUCUCCAACGUCACCCUCAUCGAUCUGCGAGGAUGCAAACAGAUCACCCGCAAAGCCUGUGAGCACUUCAUCUCGGACCUGUCCAUCAACAGCCUCUACUGCCUGUCCGAUGAGAAGCUGAUCCAAAAAAUCAGCUAG